AUGCAAAUGGCCUUAAUAAAAGUUAGUGAUGUGUUUUGUUUUGUCGUCUUGGUGAUUUCCUGCUUUCGUUAUUUUCUGGCUGCCGCUGUUGUUGGAACCGGAUUUUCUUUUGCUAAAGCAGGUAUCCACCCAUAUGACCCACGUGUUAUUCGGAAAGAAAGAUUAAUAAAAAAUGGAUCAACAACGGCAUCAAAAAAAUUACCCCGUUCAGCAUCAGUUGAAUUUGAUAAUUCGUUUUAUCCAGAUAAUCAGACGUCGGCAAUAACAAUAACAGCGCCACAACGAAAGAAAUUAGUCAGAUAUUCAUCAGAUCCAAAUUUAUUUUCGAAUAGUGGUGAACAUAUUCAAGAGGAAGUUUCCCUUAGAACAAUGGCAACAAGUUCAUUAAAUCGCACUCAAUCGUCAAUUACAUUCAAUUUUCCAACUGCUGCUCAUUUAAGUUUAUCAUCUUCGUUUUUGGAUACAACUUCACCACCAAAACCAUCUACAUCAUCAGCAGAUCUGAAUGAAUCACUGGCGGCUAUCGAUAAAAUCGUAGAAAAACAUUUCGGUCAACCGAAAGAAACAGCAAGAGCAAAGAAACAUUUGCUAUCUCGACCGCACGGUACAAUUGUAACAGAUGUAGAUGAAUACGCUCUAUCAGUCAUCAGAAAGAAGAAGGCAGCCAAAGAGAAUAAAACGGGCACAACAAUGAAAAGGACAGCCUCAACACCACGUAAACAAAAACCGUCAACAAACACAUUAGAUAUUCUUGUUAGUGAUCAUUUCAAUGACGUUGAUGCGCCGCCGACUCAUAAUCGAUUAUAA